AUGCCUCGCAAACCCAAAUCUCAAGCCCGUACGACCGAAGACUCUGACUCUGCGAAUGGCGAAGAGCGACAACAAGAAGAGCUUGACGUGACCGACCCUCCCACAAUCGACCCUUAUGAUGUCCUUAAAGUCUCGGAGACUGCGACGGCCGAUGAAAUCAAAUCAUCCUACCGCAAGCUCGCGCUGAAACACCACCCCGACAAAGCCCGUCCUGAAGACCGCGAGAGCGCACACAAGACCUUCCAGGAGAUUGCAUUCGCAUACGCCAUCCUCAGCGACGAACGACGACGCAAACGCUACGACGCUACCGGUAACACGGCGGAAAGCGCCAACAUCGAAGACAAUGAUUUCAACUGGGUUGAUUUCUUCCGCGAACAGAGCGCCAAUGUCGUCAGCGGGGAUCUGAUUGAGCAAGUGAAGAAAGAGUAUCAGGGUAGCGAGGAGGAAAAGGAAGAUGUGUUGGCCGCUUACGAGCAAGGAGAAGGGGACAUGGACGCUGUUUUCGAGGCUGUCAUGUGCAGCGAGAUCCUGGCCGAUGAAGAGCGAUUCAGGAAAAUGAUCGACCAGGCGAUCGACAAGGGAGAGGUGCCGGCGUUUGCGCAGUAUACCAACGAAGGGAAGAAGAGCCGCGAACGUAGGAAGGCCAAUGCCAAAAAGGAGGCCGAAGAAGCCAGAGAAUACGCACGCGAGCUGGGCCUGGAGGACAAAUUGUUCGGAAAGACGAAUUCGUCGAAAACGAAUUCGAAAAAGUCGACCGGGGAUGGCGAGCACGACGCGCUCAAGGCGCUGAUACAACAACGGCAACAGUCCAGGGCACAGAACUUCUUUGACGAUCUCGAAGCCAAGUAUGGCGGAGGAGGAGGCUCCUCGAAGAAAGGCAAGCGCAAGGGCACGGACGAACCGCCAGAAGAAGCGUUCCAGAACAACGCGAAGCGAGGCAAGAAGAAGACCCAAAAAUGA